AUUUGAGUGAAACCUCAAAAAAGUAGCUUAAAUUUGCGUGGAAAAUCGUUAGGAAAACAGGUGCGCAUAAUCGUUAUUAAUGCAUAAUACAUUGGUCAUAUAUAAAGAUUAGGUCAAAGCCUAAUUUUCGACAAAAUCUUCACUGAAAUCCGGCUUUAUUUCCCGAAUUUAUGCGUGGACGGAUUUCUUAGGCCUUGGUCUGGGGCCCUAGCAACAUUACCAGCAGUGCAAUAAAAUGAUAACUCUAUCUAAAAAGCUGCGAGAAGAAGCAGCUAAAAAGAAGGGUGUGUCAGUUUCAGGUAGUAGCAAAACUCAACGAGCUUCUGUACGGGAUAAACUACUUGCAAAAGAAGUGCCAGAAAUGAAAGAUAAUCUUCCAGCCACCUGUGAAGUUGAGUUUGAAAAUGUUGACUCACUGCACCAUUUCGAGUUGGCUAUAUGUCCGGAGGAAGGGUACUGGAGAGGCGGACGGUUUGUAUUUUAUAUUGAAGUUCCAGAGGAGUACAAUAUUGUGCCACCAAAAGUGAAGUGUUUAACAAGACUUUAUCAUCCUAAUAUUACAGAAGAAGGCGGUAGUAUAUGUUUGAGUUUGUUGAGGGAGCAUUCAGUUGAUGGCACAGGUUGGGCACCAACAAGAAGACUUAAAGAUGUUGUCUGGGGUCUCAGCUCAUUAUUUCUUGACUUAGUAGACUUUGAUGAUCCCUUAAAUAGCAGUGCUGCAGAUCUGUAUCUUCGAGACAAGAAAGCUUUUGAAGAAAAAGUACUAGAUUAUGUAGAACAUUAUGCAAAAAGAUGAAAAUAAAAAACAUUUUUCUUCAUUCAGUUAGAAAAUGCACUAUAAAAAGGCCAGUUUGGUAUAGGUAAAAGCAACAGGAAGUUUGAUCAAGCUCAUAUUCUACUGGUCUAAUGCCAAAGUUUAUACUAAAAAGAAUUAUUAUAGGUAUCGGUGUUCACCAUGCAGGUGCCAACCAGACUUAACUUGAAUGAUCUACAAAUACACUGAACCUUUUUUUAUAUAUAAAUCUUGCCAGUGUGCUAUAAUUUCCUAUUGUAUGUAACAUCAUUUUUAAAUUUUCACCUUUAAAAUGAAUAUAAAUGUGUUUUCAAACAGUUAGGUAGUCCUGUUAUGUGAUAACAUAGCCAGAGGUCAGGAUUUCUAAACUAAUAAUACUGUAUAUGAAAAAGAAUAUAUGAAAAUGAAUUCCAUACAAAACAUGUCUUCUGUGAAGACUGAUGUUGAUUAUUGUAUUAAUUAUUAUAAUGAAAAUUUGUAGUGCACCGGUACCGUAUCCAUCCAUAAAAGAUGCUGAUGGCGCAUCAACAUGACAGUGUACUUUAACAAAAUAUCUGUAUCAAAGACUAUACCAUGGAGAAUUCAGAAUUCAGAUAGUCUCAAUCAAAAAAAUUAUGUUAUUUUUUUAUCAAUGUAUUUUGUAUGCUUCAAUGUCAAUACAGAUUAAUUUUGCCAUAAAAGAUUCUGCAUAAUACAAGUAUCAAAUGUUGGGUGGAGCCAA